AUGGAUCCGGCGGUGCAUGAGAUCGACGAGGAACCUCCGGUGCUCGAACGGGCGGAUGAGGUCAUAGAACGCUUAACACAACGUUGGGGCGAUAUAGCGCUGGAGGAGGAGGAGGAGAUCGGAUUUGAGCCGGUGGGGGAAAGCGUUGGAGUAGUGACGGAGAGGAGGAACGGCGAUGGGUGUGUGUUGGUUACGGAGAUUCAACCGGGGUUGUUUAUGUUCAUCUUUUAUGAUGAAACGGAUAUGCGGAGGGUCCUCGAUGAAGGGCCGUGGUCUUUUGAUAAUAGCACCCUCGUUUGUAGACAAGUGGAACUGGGUACAAGGCCGACAACGGUUGAAUUGAACUCGGUGGAUAUGUGGGUACAACUUUAUGACUUACCGUUGGGAUAUACAUCGGAAGCGGUUCUUGAGCAAGCGGCCAAUUUUAUUGGUUCAUUUGUAAAAGUUGAUGAUCGUUAUCCGGGUGCACCAUGGAAGAUGUUUCACCGGGUCCGUGUGUCAAUACCGGUGGAUAAGCCACUAAAACGGAGGAUGAAACUUAUUAAGCGAGAUAAGACAAGCUGCUGGGUAAAUUUCCGCUACGAACGGUUACAUAAUUUUUGCUUUUAUUGUGGUUUACUGGGGCAUGCCUAUAAAUUUUGUAAGCUGGCAAGGAAAUCAGGACUGACUGCGGAUAAAUUUCCAUAUACGGCGGACCUGAAGGUGGGGGGAGGUAGCCGGGGGCCAAGACAAGUGGGGGAUCCAUGGUUGGUACCGCUAGAUGGGAAGGGGAAAAGUGUGAAGAGAGGGGAGGGAAAGAUGGGAGAUACGGCAUUGGGUGAUGGUGCGGGAGGAGGGGGUGUACGGGUUGGGGAGGAGAGGGCGAGUGAGGGGGUGGUGGUAGCGGCCUCUAAGAGAAGGAGGGGGGAUGGGGUGCAUGGUGGCAGUAUAAGGAUGGAUGCAGGAGAUGUGGUGAUGUCUGAGUUCUCAAAAAACGGAUUUACGGCGGGUCCUGGUGGUCAGGCUCGCCCAUCUCAAUGA